CUCUAUAGCCUGACCCUCCUGGCUUUUGGCUUUUUCAUCCCUCUGCACCUGUUCUUGGCUGUCAGACGGCACGCAGGAGACGUGUGAGCGAGUGUGUUUGAGUGUGUGGGUAUGUGUGUGUCCCUCAGAAGGACCAUGACACCAAAGCCUGUGGUGACCGUUCCUCCUUGGUGACUCCUCCUCAUGCCUAGUCAGGUGCAGAAUGGAUGAGAGCACGUUUGAGACAUUUGAGGAAGAGCUUGGGGCAACACAACAGGAUGUUCCUCAACCGAAACAUCCCAGACAAUCCCGUCGGCCUGAAGUGUAUCCACAAAGAAGGGUGAGAGAGGAACCUCUAGUCGUCCAGCAGAUCCCAAAGUCUCUACCUCGCGAGGCUCCAGUUUCAAGAGGCGUGUCAUUGCGAAAGUCACCGUCCGUUCAGAACGUGGCCCAGAUCGAGGCACCAUGGGAGGGAGUGACGCUUAACCGCUGCCUCUUCAUAGCCAUCACUAUUCUGGUCCUCACCUCAGGGUGUCAAAGGCUACACGAGGUUCUACGAGGUCGCAAAGAUGGGACAGGUAUAGAGCCCAUAGGUUCUGUGCUUAACGUCAGGCACACUGCAGUAAGGAAGUACCGCAUACCAGCACCUGAGCCUGAGACGUCUCUGUGGGACACCUUUUUCUGGUGGGUGAGCGAUGAUGAAGAUAACGACGAUGAAAAAGGAAGCAAACGAGGCAAGUCCAGGAAGGUGACUCGAGAAAAAGCUACUCGAGGUCUCAGACACAAAGCCAUACCAGACAGGAAACUUCUGAAGGGAAGGGAGGGCAGAUUUAAAGCGCGGAGAGAUAAAGCAAGACAGGACGAAAAGGAGAGUCGAGAGAGCGUGAAGGCACAAACGGAGAAAGUGAAGAGACUCAGAGAGAAGAAGCUAGAAGAAGAAAAAAGGGAGGAAAAUGAAAAGAAGAUGGCAAAAAAUACAAUGAAGGAGAGCAAGAAGGAUGCUGCUUAGAAAUGGAAGGAAAAGGUAAAGCAUAAUGAUGCUAUAUAGACGGCAGUGAAGAGGGUGAGGUAGAUUACUGGUAAAACUAGAGGAAUCAGGAGAGGGACUUUCUUUUUAUUGUAAUGUGAUGUCUCAGGGGUGAAAUGAAAAGUUCCUCAGGAAGGCACGAGCGCUUAAUUUGAGUUGGUCUGAUUUUUAUUUUAUUUUUAUGAUUGAGCACUAGGUGAUAGUGAUUGUAUGGUAGUGUUCUUUGCUUCACUCAUGAUCAAGAGGAUGAAAAUCAUUUGGGCUUUUAAAAAUGAGCAGAUAUGUGGAUGUAAAAUAAUCAAUAAAAAAAUGAAUAGAAAGAUCCUCAUGUUUCCAAUAAUACAUCUAUUCGCAAUGCAAUGAAUUUUAUACUAAGUCGCAUCAAUAAAUAUUAGCUUUUUUGGGAACAUUGUUUAAGAAAACUAAAAAUAAAUACAGCUGAUUAUGGAACAAGCUUUGUUUUUAGGACAUGAUCUUUUUUUCAUUCAUUUAUCUUCAGUAACCACUUUAUCCUUGUCAGGGUCACCGGGAAGACAAUCCCAGGAACAUUAGAUACAAGGCAGGAAUAUAUUCUAGGUGGGACACCAGUCCAUCACAGGGCACCAUUCACACACACACACACACUCACUCAUUCACACCUGGGAGCAAUGUAAUGUAGACAAUUCUGGCAUCUGACAAUCUACUGGCAUGUUUUUGAGAGGUGGAAGGAAACUGGAGAGCCCAGAGGAAAUCCACAUGGACACAGGGAGAACAUGGGAAACUCAGGACAAGCAGUAAUCUGAGCUCAGGAUCAAACCAGAAACUAUGGAGCUAUCUUUUUCUUUAGAUGA